CAGAGUCCUGCCCAGCAAGGUAAUAUUGUCCCUUGGCAGAUCCAGCCAACCGGGCUCAAAGAGCAGCAAAGAAAACCAGUUUCUGUUUAUUGCGUUAAAAUACAUGAUUGUGCCUUCUGUAUGCCUUCCUCCUGCAUAGAAAGAACAAUUGCAUAUAAUUUGCUGUCCCUUUCUUGCAGCAUGCAACUGUAACCCAGAGGGAACCAGCUGGCCCCGGUGUGACAAAGCCACUGGUGUGUGUAACUGCCGUGCUGGUGUCACUGGGCGGUUCUGUGACCAGUGUGGCCGUGGCUUCGAGAAAGACUUUCCCUCUUGCCGUCACUGCCACCUUUGUUUUGAUGAGUGGGACACUGAAAUUACUGCCCUCGCCCAGACCGUUCAAGGGUUAAUGAGGUUUGCUGCAAGCCUAGAAGAUAAAGGAGGACGGAUGCCCAGCUGUGACAUGCGAUUCAAAGCCUUUGAAGAUGCCAUUUCUGAAAUUGAAAGAAUUUUGAAACAUCCUGUUUUUUCAUGGGAGGCACUCUCGAGCACCAAGGAUUUUCAUGGCUAUGUUCAGUAAGGGCUCUGCUGCCCCGCUAUGACAAAGCAGCCUUCCCCCAGGCUUCACCAGCCAUGCCCUACUCUUCAAAUCCCUCUUCUAAUCAGAAAAAGAUGCUGGAGCGCUAAUCUACUGCUUUCAGUAGAUCCAUGAACAAAAUAACCUAUAUUAGAUAUACAGAGAGGUAUAUGUAUGUGUCCCUGUUUAUUGAAGGGAAAUUGGACUAGGUGCCCUUUAAAGGCCCCUUCCGACUCUAAGGAUUCUAUGAUUCUGUUCUCUGAUUUUUUCAAACAUGGCAAUCCCCUAAAGCAUAUAAGUAAAUGUUGGAAUUUUCCUGUUCCUAAUGGUUUCCUAAGUCGUUACAAGUAAAUGUUUCUGCUCAUUUAGAAAUUUAUCUCUUGUCCUCUAAAAUAGUGUGUACCUCAAUUGUUUAAGAGCAAUUCAGUCUGACUUCUGCAUAACUGUCACUUCUCUUGUAGACAACAAAUUACACAAAUGGGUCUGAUUCGUAGUAUGCCAUAUGAAUUUCCUGACCUCACUGAGAACAUUGAAGACAUUGGUGAAGAAGCUGAUCGUGUCUAUGAACUUCUACAACAGAAAUUAGAUCUGCAUCGCACUUUUCAUUACUUGAGCCUCAAAGAGGCCAUCAACGACAUUAGGAAACACUCUGAAGUUUCAUUCCUGGCAGAACAGAAAGCUCGUGGGAUAGCCCCUAUGGCAGGGCACUCAGAGCACACAAGGCAGAGCGUGCUCACUGUGAUGCACAAGCUGGCCUGGGAAGGGAGCAGAGUGCUGGAGCAGCUCAAACUGAUCAAAAUCCCUGACAUUCAACACUUGGCUGAAAAGAUCUGCGGGGUGCCAAGAAACCUUUCCUGUGCUGCAGCAGCCUGUGGGGGAGGCCCAAACUGCAGCGGAGCUCUUCCUCUCUCCUCCAGUGCAUUCAGGAAAGCUGAGGAGACUGCUGUCCUGCUAACUAACUUGACUACUCAGCUACAGGACCCUGAGAAUCAAUAUUUCCAGGUUGAAAGCAUCAGAAAAAUGGCAGAAGACACCAAGCUGAAAGGCUCACACUUCAAUGGGGAACUGGAGAAAGCUAAGAACCAGAUUAAAAUUGACCGAGAAGUCACAAAGGAAUUUAUCAGAAAAGUGAAAAAUUUCUUGUCAGAUGAGAGCGUGCCUCCAGAAGACAUCGAGCAGGUGGCAAGUUAUGUCCUGCAGAUAAACCUUCCCCUGACUCCAAGAAAGCUAGCAAGCAUGCUUGGCAAAAUCAGAAGCAUUAUGGCCCACUGUGAGAGCUACAAACUGAAUGCAAAUAAGAGAAACAGGAAAAUGGAAAUGGCUCAGACACUGCUGGUGGAGGCAUGGACUGCUGACAAAGCAGCUAAAGCUCUUCCCCCUGUGGACAAAAUUAAUGAUGAACUAAAAAAUGUUGUGAGCUCCCAAGGACGCUGCAAAAAUACCCUCAUGAAGUUAAAUGAAGACAUACAAGGAAUCAAAGUACAAAUCUCACAGGCUGGGAACCAAAUGAACAGGACAAGUGAUGAACUCAAUGACUUUUCAGCAAAACAGUCCUAUUUGGAAGACAAAAUUACCACACUGCAGAUGAAAAUGCUGAUGAACAGGAAUCAAGCUACAAGUGUGAGAGCGAGGGCAGAAGCAACAUACAAGCGAGCUCAGAAAAUUGAUAAUGAAUUCACUGACAUUAAAAGGAAGUACACCAUUCUUCAAGACAAGCUGAAAACAAAAGGAUCUCCAAAAGUAACUCUAGAGAAAGUGAAGCAGCUGAAGGAAGAAGCAGAAAAACUGGCUGAAGAGACUGAAAAAAAAAUUAGAAGAAUAACAGAUUUGGAGAAGAAGCUUCAGGACCUGAAUCAAACCAAGCAAGACAAGGCAGAGCAACUCAGACAACUAGAGGAACAAGUGAUAGCCAUUAAAAAUGAAAUCACAGAGCAGGAAAGCAAGUACUCAACAUGCAAAAGCUAA